AUGAACUUCGUUGCCGUCUUUAUCGUCCUUCUGUGGUGUUUAUCGCCGCUGGGAAGUCAGGCAUCGCUCCGGAUCAUUUCCAUCGUCCCGAGUUACCCAGCCAAUCCAAUCGAGUUGACCAGUUUCAACACCUUCACCGCGUACCAGUUCGGCUACAGCCAAGUGAUGUCGAUGGCCAAAACAUCAGUCGCCAUCCCCAUGACUGCUUCGAUGUCGGCGGCCUCGCUACUUUCCACCCGCAAUCAAGAUCUCUGGGGCAACAUCCGAUUUCCUGCGAUUGAAAAUCUCGAGAAAACCAGCACAGGAUGGAUGCAUGUACCCCAAAAUGACAACUUGACGUACGCGUCUCUGGUUGGUGUGCCGGUGAUUGGCUUGCCUAGUGCCGGCAACACAUCAUUCAUCCUCCCUGGCUCCUAUUUAUCCAUCUCCUGUCCUGUCUUCGACACAAUUCACACUCUCAAUCUUACCGAUUUCGCCGGGCCAGAUGCUCCAUCCCCCGGCAAUGGCGACGAUUGCAGCUGGACAAGCGCAUGGGGUGGAUUUCAAUUCCAGCUUGCCCUCUCAGAGCCAUGUUCGAACGCACUCAACGCAUCGAAGACGAGGACUCGGAAUGCCCGCAAGCUGAUAUGGGAGUCAUGGGACCGCGGCUAUGCAGACGAUGUAAGGGAUAGAUCCCCCAUCACGCGAGCUAUCUGUGAUAUCACUACGACCUAUGUCGAUGCCAAUGUGACCUGCGAGAGCUUAGACGGGAAGCAAUCCGUAAAGACUUGCGACCUACUCGCCGCUCGCCGAUCGGUAGAUAGAUCCCAUUUCCACCAAAAUUGGACUGUCUUUGAUAUAAACCCCCCAGGGAAUUUUCAGUUGAUGAAAGGUUAUAACAACGGAGUCUUUGAUCUUCUCACUACGAUGUUUCCACACAUGGACGAAAACGGUGGCCUCCAGCCCGUCAUUGGAUAUUUUAUAGACCCUUUUCAGGCUAUCGGAACCUUUUUCAGCGAGACACUUAUGUCGCCUGAGACCACCACCUCAAGUGUCUUUGGUACGCGUCUAUCACAGCUCUUGAAUUCCUUGCUCUACCUCGGGAUCAAUCCCUCGACCUUCACGGGCUCUGUUGACAUGAUGCAAUUCACACGGGAAGGAAGCACGAUUAAGGAUACCCCGUUCAAAGUGACUGCCCAAACUACACAUCUACGGAAUAUCGUCAGGUGUCACCGUCCCUGGCUUGCCGUCCUUAUUGUUUCAUCGGUGGUUAUCUUCAGCAUUGCCGUGAUGGCGGCUUAUCUCCAUAUUAAAACGAUCGCCCCCGAUCUUCUAGGAUCGAUCUCCGUUGCCCUGCUGCAAAAUAAGACCGACGGAAUUAUCGGUUCUUCUAUAUGGACUUCAGAUGAAUGGACAAAGAACAUGCGAGACAAGAAACUUUGGCUUGGAGACGUCCAGCCUGGGGCUGAGAUUGGGCGCCUUGCCUUGACUACUGUGGCACAAGAUUUUCCUCUUGGUUCAAGAAAGGAAAGGUCAUAUUAUUGA